CACCUCUCACUCACCCUCUCUCUCUCUUUCUCUCUCUCUCUCUCUCUCUGCCCCCGGCUCUCCCUCUCGCACACAGCUGUGGGAAGUGAAUACAAAAAAACAUACAAGGAGAAAAGCUACCAAACAGUAGAGAGGGAGCUGUGUUGUAAGAGAAGCUUAAAGCAUGGAAGAUAACUUCUCCUGGUUUUGGAUGCCCGUGCUAUGGUUCCUGGUGCCGCUGUUCGUUUUGAAGAUUGUGGGUCUGCUUUGGUGGAGACCCAGAAGAAUUGAAGAGCAUUUCUCAAAGCAAGGAAUCAGAGGACCCCCUUAUCAUUUCUUUAUUGGUAACAUUAAGGAACUUGUGGGGUUGAUGCUGAAGGCCUCAUCUCAACCCAUGCCUCUGUCACACAACAUACUUCCUAGAGUUCUUUCCUUCUACCACCACUGGAAGAAAAUCUAUGGUCCAACCUUUCUUGUAUGGUUCGGACCCACACCUCGUCUCACUGUCUCCGAUCCAGACCUCAUUCGAGAAAUCUUCGCUCUGAGAUCAGAAUUCUAUGAGAAGAACGAGUCUCACCCACUUGUCAGACAGCUUGAAGGCGAUGGACUGUUGAGCCUCAAAGGCCAAAAAUGGGCUCACCACAGAAAAAUCAUCACACCAACCUUCCACAUGGAAAACCUCAAACUCCUGGUACCGGUUAUUGGAAAAAGCGUGGUGGAGAUGUUGGACAAGUGGUCAGAAAUGUCGAAUUCCGGCGAGGUGGAGAUCGAAGUUUCCGAUUGCUUCCAAACCUUGAUUGAAGAAGUGAUCACGCGAACUGCCUUUGGCAUCAGCUACGAAGAUGGGAAGGCGGUUUUCCGGCUGCAAGCUCAACAAAUGGUUUAUGCCGCCGAGGCAUUUCGGAAGGUUUUCGUCCCCGGCUACAGAUUCUUCCCCUCUGAAAAGAACCGGAGUUCCUGGAGGUUGGAUAAAGAAAUAAAGAAGUCUCUAGUAAAGCUGAUUGAACGCCGGAAGGAGAACUCCUGCAACGAAAUGCUGGAUGGAUGCCCCAAAGACCUGUUGGGACUGUUGAUCAGAGCAAGCACAAAUGAAACAGCUCAAAGAAAACCCAGUUCGCCUCCGUCGACGAUCACUGUCCAUGACAUCGUCGAAGAAUGCAAGGGCUUCUUCUUCGCCGGGAAACAAACGACGUCGAAUUUGCUGACGUGGACAACGGUUCUCCUGGCAAUGCACCCUGAGUGGCAAGAGCUGGCACGUGAAGAAGUGUUGAGGGUGUGCGGAGCACGUGAUAUUCCCAGUAAAGACGACAUUACUAAGCUUAAAAUGCUGAGUAUGAUAGUGAACGAAUCCCUAAGACUGUAUCCACCCGCAAUCGCUACGAUAAGGCGGGCCAAGGCUGAUGUGGAGCUUGGGUGCUAUAAGAUUCCACGUGGUACGGAGCUCUUGAUACCAAUCAUAGCCGUUCAUCACGAUCAGGGACUGUGGGGCAACGAUGCCAACGAAUUCAACCCGGCUCGGUUCUCGGACGGGGUGGCCCGCGCAGCGAAACAUCCAAUGGCGUUCAUACCGUUCGGCCUUGGGGCCCGCACAUGCAUCGGCCAGAACCUAGCGAUCCUACAGGCAAAGCUUGCCAUCGCCAUCAUAUUGCAAAGAUUCUCGUUCCGAUUGGCACCCAACUACCGACACGCUCCAACGGUGCUGAUGUUCCUCUAUCCGCAGUACGGUGCACCGAUCAUAUUUCGCCACCUGUCGGGCCCCACCACCUCCUCCGAUCAUGGAUCCUGACACGUGGGACAUCGCAUUCCCAGAGAAGAGAUGGAGCAGAUCCUUCCCCUUUUGCAUUUGAUUUUGUGUUUGCAAAAGACCAUUUUACCCGUGAAUAUUCCCUUCAUGUAACUGCCACUACUAGUAGUAAAGUACUAACCCCCCUCCCCUCUUUUCUACUGCUGCCCCCUCAAAAAAAGCCUUCAGGCUUGCUUUGUUAGGUUGUUAGUUUUACAAUUUUCUACCCUCUCACUGUAUCUCUAUGUAUGUAUGUAUGUA